GAAGUGCGUCAUAGGCAAGAUGGAGCGCUUGGACAAGGUGGCGUUGAACACGGCUCCGGUGGCCGACUUCAGGGGAAAUGAUGGCUCCUUGUUAGCGGUACUGAAGACUCUUCUGUUUUUCACAUUCUUAAUGAUCACUUUACCAAUUGGAUUAUAUUUUGGGACAAAGUCUUAUGUGUUUGAAGGUACACUUGGAAUGUCAAACAGAGACAGCUACUUCUAUGCUGCCAUUGUUGCUGUGGUGGCUGUUCAUAUUGUGCUAGCCUUGUUUGUUUAUGUGGCCUGGAAUGAAGGCUCAAGGCAAUGGCGUGAUGGCAAGCAGGAUUAAGGGCAACAUUGUGUGAAUGGGAUCAGUCUGUUGUCAUUCAAGCUUCAAUCUUGGUGGUUGUGGCAAAAAAAGAGGCAGAAGAGUGACUGAAAUGCAGACUGUAAAACCCAUGAGAUUCUUUUAAGGUUGGAAGUAUUGCUGCAAAAUGUGGAAAAAAAAAUGUUGUGGUAUAGUCGAAGCUAAAAUCAACUUUCAAAGACAAUGUCUUAAUUCCUCCAUCUCGUAAUUAAUUCAACAACAGAAUACAAGACUGUACACAUGCACUUUAAAAGUACACUAUUUGCAUUAGCAAUGUAACAUCUGCAGCUUGAAAUGUUUCUUGUCAAUCUUUAGUUGACAAAUGUUAAUCACAUCUGUAUAAAAUUAAAUGCUACUGUCACAGAGGCACUCUCAUUUAAGAGUAAAGGAUUCUCGGAAUUCUAAUGUUUGCAGAGCCUAAGUUCAGAAAAUCAAUCUUCAUGUUACUGUCUAUUUGAAAUGGUGUUUAUUUGCAAUGUGAAUAUCCUGUGUAGGUGUCUACUUCUGUCUAGAUUCAUGAUUGCAGUGUAAUGUAUAUUCUUAAUUAUGGAUUCCAAUGAAGUAAUCAAUAUUGUUAAAGGUGAUCUGGUUAGCUCCAUCUUUCUUUUGGAUGCUAUUAAUAAUUAUAUAAGCGUGUAAUGGUUAAUGUAAAAAGCCCAAAAUUUAGAAUAUUUGCAUAUAAAAUUGUUUUGUAAAAUUCCUGUUCAAACCUCGCUAUCUUUGUUCCAUUCUCAGAAAGCGGCUGUAAGAAUGUGAAAUGCUUCAUAAGAAUCUGCCUUUUGCGAUGAGCUCCUUCCAUAGGGAAUCUAACGUAUCAUGUUUAUCUUUUUUGGUUCCUGUAUGGUCUUACAGAAACAAGAUUGAUUUGCAUAAGGAAAGUGAGGGAUUUGGUUUUCCGUUUAGUUAUGGAAUCCUGUCUUCGCACUACAUUCCAAAUUCCAUGGCAGUUGUAAGGCUAGAAUUUGCUAAGAUCCAGAUGGUAACGCCAGAAUUACUAGCAUAAAACCUAGACUGCGCCUUGGAAACUUUUUAAAGUGGAUAGCCAAAAUGUUGAUGCACUGUCCAACAAGAAUUGUUUUCAUGCAAAUCCUCUCAGUGUAAUUGAUCAGGUUUUACUAGACUGAGAUAGUCCAUAUUAUGUUUUUUUUAUAUCAAACACAAAGUACACUUGCUGAGCUCCAUCACCCAUUCCAUUCCCCUGAGAGGAGUAGACUAUUAAAUCAUUGUGUAACUAAUACAAUUGGAGCAUUAUUGUAAAUUAGGAAAUAUUGGUCAAAGAAUCACUUAGAUUUUCUGGAAGUUUAGUGUUUUUAUUGAAUUUACAAAUUCAAAUCCAUCCAAUUAUGUUACUUUGCAGUAACAAUCCCUCCUUGGUAUGUAUUGGACAAAUGGUGAUUACAUUAUGAACUGAAAAUUGUGAAACUUCCUUAACAUUUAAUGACUUUUAGAUGAAACCUCCAAUUGUGUUGUAAGCUGCCUUUUUAAAGUUAUGUUACUGAUGAUCUAAUUGUACUGUGAAGAAGUUAUUUGGAAUUUGUAUUGUCCUGAUUUAUGUAAACCUGUUAUGUACUUUCUGGCAUAUAAUAGAUUCCUGUGUUUGCUUUUGUAAUCAUACACUCAUCUUAAAACUUAGCUGACUUAUUUAAAUGUGAUUUCUAGUCAGCUUCAUGCAAUUGCUUUCCAAGAUGUAAAGAGGUCAUGUCUGUGUGCAUUGUUACAUCUAACUGAUUUUUUUUUGGGGAGGGAGUGGUAAUUUCUGUUUUAUAGGCGAAUGUAACAUGCUGGCAUCCAUUCCCACAGGCAACCAGAAAAAUAAAUGACUGGAUAAAUGGUU